UAUGUCUGAAAACAAGAUGGCGGCCUGAGUGUGUGUGUUUUAGUGAGUGAGUGAGUGAGUGAGUGUAAACUGCUGUGUUGCUCUUAUGAAUAAUCAUUUAUCAUUAUUAUUAUUAUUAUAAUUACAAUACAGCUCGAGAUCUCAGGUGAGGAGUUCUGAAACUAUAAAAUGUCCGGCUCUCAGGUGGUGAUGGCGGAUGUAAUGACCGCAGACUCCUCUAACCUGAACCAAGAGACUGACCUCCAACCAGGAUCCCUGCAGGAGGAAAAGCAACCCAAGGAGGAACCUGGAGCAGAAAGCAAUAAAGAAGGAGAAGAAGGAGAAGAUUGUAGCAACUCUGAUAUCUACCGCUACAUCAAGGAUGAUCUGUUCACCUCAGAGAUCUUCAAGGUGCAGAUCCAGAACCUGCCCAGGUACAUCGGCUUCAACGACCUGAAGAAGUUCCUGAGCAAACAUGGGCUGAACCCACACAAGAUCAAGCUGAUGGGGAGGCAGUCCUUCGCCUUCGUCACCUUCAAAAACCAGGAGGACAGGGACAAGGCCAUGAAGCUGGUCCACGGCGUCCACUGGAAGGGGAAAGUCCUGAGUGUGCGAUUGGCCAAGCCUAAAGCUGACCCCCUCCUCAGGAAGCGUAAGCAGGACGGAGAGGCGGCGGACGGAGGACAGCCAGCACCCAAACGUCCAGCUGAGGGACGCGACGGUGGUGAGGACGAACCCCUCGGCGUCCAGCUCGCCAAUGUGGUCACGCCCCUGUGGCAGGUUCCGUACCCUGAGCAGCUCCAGAGGAAGGAGCAGGAGGUCGAGGCGGUCCUGCACACGCUCACCAGGGAAAUAGGGAACAGUAAUAAAGCCAUGCUGCCGUGGCUGUUUGUGCAGAAGGAGAAGAAUAAAGGUGUGUGUUGUCCUCUGGAGCCCAUCAAACCCUCACCUGUACAGACGGAGUACAGGAAUAAGUGUGAGUUUGUGAUCAGUGCCGGUGCGGACGGAGAGGAUAAGACGGUGGGGUUCCGCUUGGGGAAGUAUAAAGGAGGCUCAUGCGCUGUGGUCAGUCCCUCAGACACCAUCCACGUUCCUGAAGGAGCCAAACGCGUCGUCCUCGCCUUCCAGAACUACAUCCGGUCUACUCCGUAUGCUGUGUACAGUCCAGAGACAUAUGAAGGUCACUGGAGGCAGCUCACUGUCCGCACGAGCAGAACCAAUCAGAUCAUGGCUGUGGUCUUCUUCCAUCCACAGAAACUGGACGAGGACGAGACGGCGUCUCUGAAGGAGUCUCUGAGGAGCUAUUUCACAGACGGAGAGGGGAAGGACAGCGGGGUUACGUCUCUGCACUUCGUCAGGAUGGGACAGAGGACGUCUGCAGGGUCAGAGGAUUUGCCGUGUGAGCUGGUGGCCGGUGAGCCAUGGAUCCACGAGGAACUGCUCGGACUCAGCUUCCGCAUUUCUCCUCACUCCUUCUUCCAGACGAACACUCUAGCGGCAGAGGUGUUGUACUCGUCUGUAGGUGAGUGGGCGGAGCUGGACCAGGACACCACUUUGCUGGAUGUGUGCUGUGGAACAGGAACCAUCGGCAUCUCUCUGGCCAAGAGAGUCAGGAAGGUAAUAGGAAUUGAUUUGUGUCAGGAAGCCGUUAACGAUGCUAAAGUGAACGCUGAAGUUAAUGGUUUAACCAACGUGGAGUAUCACUGUGGUAAAGCGGAGGACGUUUUCCCCUCCAUACUGAACGCUGUGGUGUCUCCUAAUGUUACUGCCAUUGUAGAUCCUCCUCGAGCCGGACUGCAUUCCAGGGUGAUUUUGGCGAUCCGGAGGGCGGAGCAUCUGAAGCGUCUGGUUUACGUCACCUGUAACGCCAAAGCGGCCAUGAACAACUUCAUCGAUCUGUGCAGAGCGCCGUCUAACCGCGUUCACGGAGCGCCGUUCCGUCCGGUGCGAGCCAUGGCGGUGGACCUGUUCCCUCAGACCACACACUGUGAGACCGUCCUGCUGUUCCAGAGAGUUGACUACGGCUAACACUUUCUCUCAGCUCCUGCGGCUAGUCACCAUUUAUACAGUCAUAAUUAGCAUCUCGUUUCCACGUGUAACCUUUAUAACGAUUUAUUUUCUUGCUUCUGAACUCAAAAUGGACUGGAGAUGAUUGUGAUUAAUUUGGUAAAACUGAAGAACUUAUGUAAAAACAUAAUCCAGGUGUUUUUUCCCGGCACUUAGCCCCGCCCCAUGUCUUUUACUUGUAUUAACGUUUCACAGAAGGGGUUUGGAUCAUGUUCUUCAUUAUCAUUGGUCACGGCACCAGAGAGCGCCAGAGUUACGUACUGCCGCUUUAAUUUUCUUGUACAUUAAAAUGACAGAAAUAAAUAAAUAAAGGAGUAGAAACGUCUGGUUA